GAAAACUGAAAACUGAAAAGACAAAAGUCAAUAACUUGAUCGUCAUCGCUGUAUUUAUUGUUUUGAAGAUUGAUAAUAUCUCCAUUGAUAUUUUGAUAUGAAAUAACGUUUUAUGUGUAAUCUUAUCAAAAGUAUAAUAUGUGUUUGAUUGUGGAAUAAUCGUUCAAUUUCGUUUAUCAGCCUAUCGUAAUGUAAUGUCUGUCAAUUCACUAAAGCGGAACAGUGAACGGGGGAGAUAAUUUAUUGUUAAUUUCUUUCAGCUAGUUUUCGACAAAUGUAAUUAGCUGUUCAUUAUGGAGGAUUACAAGUUUUUAUUUAAAGUAGUGCUCGUUGGAAACGCAGGUGUAGGCAAAACAUGUUUAGUGCGGAGAUUUACGCAAGGACUAUUUCCUCCAGGUCAAGGUGCUACAAUCGGUGUUGAUUUUAUGAUUAAAACUGUUGAAGUCGAUGGAGAGAAAGUAAAGCUACAAAUAUGGGAUACGGCAGGGCAAGAGAGAUUUCGUUCAAUCACACAGAGCUACUAUAGAUCAGCUCAUGCACUUAUUCUUGUGUAUGAUAUAUCUUGCCAACCCACGUUCGACUGUCUGCCGGAUUGGCUCAGGGAAAUAGAAGAAUAUGCUAAUAAUAAGGUGCUGAGAAUAUUAGUUGGUAAUAAAACUGAUAGAGAAGAUAGAGAAAUACCAAGGCAUAUUGGUGAAGAUUUUGCACAGCGUCACGGGAUGUACUUUCUGGAGACCUCAGCGAAGGAGGCAGAAAAUGUUGAGCGACUUUUUAUGGAAAUUGCAGUGGAAUUGAUGGAACAAGCAAAAUGCAAGGAUUUGCCAAAAUACGAUGGUAGCUUAGGACCAAUAAAUGGCAAAUCGUCAUCCAUUGGUGAUUCUUCUUGCUGCUUUAGGUCGUAGAUAACCUAACGAAUUUAUCUCAAUGAUAUUACUGUGUAUGAGAUUAUAUUUUAUAAGCAAUCAUUUGUAGCGAUUAAUGAGUAUGAUAAAAACAACAUAUCUCGCAAUUACAUAAAAAUUUAGUGUAGGGACAAGUUACAUGAUGUACUGAAAUUUUGUUUAUUAUACAUAAAUCCAUACUAAUAUUAUAAAUGCGAAAGUAAAUUUGUCUGUCUGCCUGUUACUCCAUCACGCCAUAACUACUGAACCAACUUGCAUGAAAUUUGGUAUAGAGAUAUAUUUAAAACCCGAGAAAGGACAUAGGCUACUUUAUACCCCGGGAAAUAGGCUAGGUUUUAUCCCGGAAAUCCCAUGGGAACGGGAACUAUGCGGGUUUUUCUUUGACUGCGCGGGCGAAGCUGCGGGUGGAAAGCUAGUGUUAGAUAAUAAUUACGGAAUUGAUCUCAAUGCAUGUUAAAGUUGUAUUUACCUACGCGUUAUUGUGAAAACUGUAUUAUCUAUGUUGUUUAUCAAUAAAACGGUUGUGUAGAUGUUAAAUUUUGGCCAUCUUACGUCAGUGAAUGACACAAUAUUUGCUUAUAUUUGCAUUUGUCUUUAUUUCUUGAUUCAGGUAAAGAUUGUUUUACAAAUAACCGCCAGUGAUAAUAGCAGGUUGUAAAUGAAAUAUUGCAAGGUGAUUGUUGACCUUUUAUUGUUAAAUGAGAACUACAUAGAGAUUGGGAUUACUAGAAAUAAGGUCUAGGUUAUUUUUUCUUCUUGUUUGUAUAUACAUGUGUUUGUCGUUCUUAAAUAUUAUUAGCAGACUUGUCGACGGUUCGUCAGAAAAACUCUGUUUGAUAAUUAUUCUACAAUUGAUUGCUUUAUAAAGUUCUUACUGUUAAUUAUUAUAUUUGUAGAACUUAACAUUCCAUUUGCUUAAAAGAAUAAUGGAUUUGUCAAAAUGUCAUACUCGGGCCCUUUUUUUGCUGAUAUUAGUCACAUAGUAAACUUGUUUCACAAAUAAUAAUGUUUCUAGUAUUGUGUUCAUUUUAUUAUGUGCUGCUUAUGUAUAUAUAAUUUAUAUCAAUAACUCAAUGCAUAUCAUCAAUUUAUGACCUUUUGACAGAGCCAUUACUUAGUUGUCGCGAUUUAUGUUAAUCAAUGUUAGGUAUAAGUAGGCACGCGAAAUUGUGACUUAGAUGAUGUAGACAAUUUUUUAGUACUUUUUAAAAUGUAUUGGUUGUUCCAUAGAUAAAAAAAUAGUUAAAAAUUGAUAGUAAUACAUUUAUGAUUUAAUCGUAGGUUGCUACUAAUCUAUUGUACCUAUAUAGCUUAUUUUUUGUUGAGGGUAGAUCUCAUUGUUUUAUUUCAAUUGCAAUUUUAUUAUUCCUACCGGAAAUAUGUGUUUUAGUCAUAAUAAACUUAUAAUAAAGGAUAACCUUCGAUUAAUUAUUAUUAGACGCAGUUAUAAAUAAUUAACGUUUACAUUGUACUGCUAGAUAAUUGGUGUAAAAUGAUUAGACGUUGUGAAAUGAUAUACAGGGAUAAUGGAACAGACUAUUCAUAAUUGUCAAGGUUUUGAAGGCUAUAAACUAGGAAAUUUAUGUUUUGUUCCUAUUGUAAAGAUAACUAAAUACAUUUUUCGUGUGGACGUUUACAAUUUGAUCCUUUAUGUAAUUGAAAAGACAACGAUUCAAAAUAAUCGAAUUUUUUACAGUAGGAACGGAACUUAAACGGUUCUUGUAAUAUUACAACAGAUAUAAGAUCGGAUUAUAGACUAAGGUAUCAUAAAAUUGAAAGGAAAGAGGUUUGAAAAUUUUUGGCACACCUACUGCCCGCCAUUUUUAUUUUUUUGCUCGUCUGUAUGUCAGCAAUCGAAAUAUACAAGUUUAGUAGUGCGACGAAAAAUC